AAUGUCACUGGUGCUUAGCACCCAUCCGCUCUCCAGCCUGCCUCUGUUCUACAGCAGCUACACACACACAGUGGUAUCUGGAGCAGCUCUGUGAACUCAAAGGUUUUCUCCCUGAGAGGCGUAACACAGGCCAGCUGAUUCAUCAGAAUCAGGAUGGACAUGGUAGAGGACUCAGAUACUUCGGAGGAGCGAGAGGACAUCAUUAUGAAGUAUGAGAAGGGACACCGAGCUGGGCUGCCAGAGGAUAUGGGGCCUGAGCCUGUUGGAAUCUACAGCAGCAUUGAUCACUUUGGGAUUGUGCAGAUGGCAUGUCCCGGGGACCUAAAGCCAGCCCAGUGGCGCUCAUUUGCUCAAAGGCUCUCAGCCCUCAGGCAAAUGAGGCGGGAGAUGAGAUGCAAGAGCAAGUGGAUGAAAAUGCUGGGACAAUGGGAGACAUAUAAGAACAGUAAAAACCUGAUGAAGUGAGUAUAUAAGGGCAUUCCCAUGAACGUCCGGACGCAGGUGUGGUCAGUCCUCCUGAACAUUCAGGAAAUCAAGGCGAAAACCCCCAGAAAAUUCCAGCUUCAGAAACAAGUGAAAAAGCAGCUUUCUGCAGAAGCCAAACCCAAGCGAGGGUCCUCGGCGCCCAGGCCUGUGCGGGCUUCACAUGGCAGGAAGACCCUCUGCAAGGGGAACAGGCAGGCCCCUCCCAGCCCACCAGCCUGGUUCCAGCGGCCCAUUUGGUCAGCUUCCCCGCCACGGGCACCUGGUCCUUCCACACCCUGUCCCAGUGGGGCUGUCCGGGAAGACGCCUACCAUGUGGGCACUCGGGGUGUGCCCAGCCCGGCCCUGGCUCAGGGAGGACCUCAGGGUUCCUGGAGAUUCCUGCAGUGGAACUCGAUGCCCGGGCUCCCGACGGACCUGGAUGUAGGGGGCCCUUGGUUCCCCCACUAUUUCAAACAGAGCUGCUGGGUCCCUGUCUCUUCUGAAUGUGUGCAGCUCAAAAGACAUUCACAGAUGGAACACACCAGCCCCCAGAUCACAAAGCCAACCAUGUCCAGCCCCUCCCAGCACCGCAAGUCCUGCUACCAGAGUUCUGAAUUCCGACGACACCACGAGCCUGCCUUUAUUCUCUGCAUGGAUGAGUACGGGCUGAUCUGCCUGGAGGCGGAGCAGCUGCUGUUGGUAGUGACCAGCACGUUCAGGAACGGAGACUGCUGUGGCAACAGAGAGAAACUGAAGAAAUCCCUCUUCAUGUUAAAACUGCUCACCAACAAAUUCAGAAGCUCCCACCUGGGGGCCUCUCAGCUCACCCCGAUGGGGGAAGAGGAAGAGCUCAGAGGGCAGGAGGACGCCUUCCGCAGCUGGGCCGUGCAAACCUUCAAGGCAGCCCGUGAGACGUUUGAUGUCCAAGGCAAACAGCACAUUCAGAUCCCCAAGCUCUACACCUCCACCCUCAGCAGCAUGCACGCCAAGAACGUGUUCACCAUGAGGCUCAAAUCUCGGCAGAAUCUACAGAGUCCGCCAUCCAGGCCUGAACUACAGCUGGGUGAGCACCUUGGGGAUUGCCCAGGCAACCAGCCGGCCCUGGUCCAAGGCAUCCUGGAGCAUGUGGUGAAAGGCCCCGCACCCCACCAGACAGUACGCCUGGAGUCCGAGGACGAAAGUG